AUGUCAUCUUAUGCCAAGUUAGUCGAGAGUUUGAGUGACCAGAAGGUGCUAGAACUAUUUCCAGAAGUUAUUCCGCUAAGCAAGCGUCCAAAUUCUGCAUCAUCGUCGAGUUCUGCAGAGGAAACCGGUGACACGGUCUUCAAGGGCCACGACGAGGAACAAAUUCGUCUCAUGAGCGAGAACUGUAUAGUUCUGGACUGGAAUGACAAUGCUAUCGGAGCUGGUACAAAAAAACUGUGCCAUUUGAUGACCAACAUUGACCAAGGACUUUUACACCGUGCGUUCUCGGUAUUCGCAUUCAACGAGCGUGGGGAGCUUCUUUUGCAGCAACGUGCGUCAGAGAAGAUCACGUUCCCUGAUCUGUGGACUAACACAUGUUGUUCACAUCCUCUUUGCGUUGACGAUGAACUUGGAUUGAGUGGUAGCUUGGAAGACAAAGUCAAUGGUGCUCGUACAGCUGCUGUUCGCAAACUGGAGCAGGAAUUGGGUAUUCCAAUGGACGAGACCGUCGCCAAGGGAAAAUUUCACUUUUUGAAUAGAAUUCAUUACAUGGCCCCUAGCAACGGGCCUUGGGGUGAGCACGAAAUUGAUUACAUAUUCUUUUACCGUGUCACUCAGGGCGAGCAGCUGACAGUCGCUCCAAACCCAAAUGAAGUGCGUGAUUUCAAAUGGGUUACUGCAGACCAAUUGAAGCAAAUGUUCAAGGACCCUGCUUUAAAAUUCACUCCUUGGUUCAAACUUAUUUGCGAGAGUUACUUGUUCCAAUGGUGGGAGCAACUACAGGACUUGUCCCAAGUUGAAAAUGACUCUAAAAUUCACAGAAUGUUAUAG